CAUUACUAGACCUGUUGCUUUUAAUUUAAUUAUAAAAAAAACUUUGAAAUAAACAUUUAUAACUUGAAAUAAUUCCAUCGCACCCAAUUCUGUUUCUAAAAUACUAUUUGCAGUGACAAAGUCACUUACCUAAGACAACUAUUACGAUCACAUAUUAAGCAUUGAACUGCAACGAAGAGCUGUCGACGAAAGAGAAAAUAUAGUUACCAUGUACGCAUUUUUAUUUUUUAUUUUUUUUUUUUUUUACAUUUUUUAAGCAAGUAAAAAGAAUAUCCAGGAAUGAGAUGUGAAGGUGUGAGGACCAUCCAACGAGAGGAGGUGCAUUCUCUCCCAUGGUCUCCGCCCAUAAGAUAAAGAAAAAUGGCAGAAAGGGCAGAAAUGUGGUUUCACAUUUAGAUAUACCAUUAAAGGUAUUUGAACUAGGAUGCGGAAAUACGAAGAAAUCACAACUGAUAUUGAACGAAAUUCUCCAGCAUCAAUCACAUCUUGAUUACUCACCAAAUGAUUUUUCAAAAGAUUUCCUGGUUGAUGUUUGCCAAAAUCUCUGCACCAUUUAUGGCCACCAGCUGAGACUAACCCCAAUGCCCGGUGAUCUGAUGGAUGCUCUUGCAAAGAUAAAAAAUUACCGUGAUCGCAAACUUAUUCUAUGGUUGAGUGGACUGCAAUGUUUUACCAUGGUUAAACAAUUUGAAAUGUUAUCUUCAAUUGCAUCAGUACUGGAGGCAAACGACGCCUGCUUAUUGACAGUAGAUGUAACACAAAGCAGAGAGUUAAUAGAAAAAGCAUACCUGGAUUAUGAUUAUUCAAAGCCCAAUGCAAAGCUUUAUACAAACGGUGUGCAUGUGAUAAAUAGAGAAUUAGGCGGCAACAUCAAUUUGUCACAGUUCAAAUUGGAGGGAAGAUACGUUGAAGACAAAGAUGUGUCUAAAGCAAGCUACAACCAAGUUUGGUUAACGUCGCUCUGUAAACAGUCGUAUCAUUUAGAAAAAGUUGGAAAGACAGUGACUUUUGAAGAAGGGGAAAAACUGUUGCUGUAUGCAGGAAAUGGAAUGAGUCAUAAAUAUACUCAAAAACAGUUAGACCAUUUAUUUGCACGUGCACGAUUACGAAUUAUGAAAAAAUGGGAAAACGAGCACUGUGCAUUGAUACUUUGUAAAAGGAUUUUCUAGCAAUUUCAAGGGAAGCAGAUGGUCGUAUUCAUUUGAGGUCUUAUUUAACUCCCUAAAACAGUGAUUUGUAGCAAGAUAUACAUGUAGAAUGAUCAGAUUUUUACGCCAAGACAUUGAGAUUUUUUUACUGAUAAAAUAAUAGUUUAUGGCAAAAAAAUCGUAUUUUGAAGUUUAAGUUUAUUAAGAUCUGCAGGUAUGUUCCAGAAGGACUAAGAUGCGUCUUAAGUACGUCAUAGGAUACGUCUAGGUUUAAAGUCUGUUUCUCAAAGUUUUCCUAUUUAGGAACCGUCAUAACUUUGUCCUUAAUCUAAAACAUCACUUACCUUGUCCUUAUACCAUCCUAGAGUUGUAAAAACACGUGUUUUGAAUAAUGGGACUGUUGUGAAGCUUUUUCAUCAAACCUUUCUGCAGUUCCAGCAUUUAAAAUCUGACAAAGCUCAAAUUUCUAACCCGGGAGGGGGCAUAGUUUAGUAUAUGAUGUGUGUAUAAUUUUAACAUUAUUAUGUGGACACCGACCCCCCCCCCCCCCCCCAAUACCUACACACUCCGUUACUACAUGCCUGCCUAAGAGCUUAAACAUUUUUGGGGGACAGGCAAAUACUGUCUCUGGCAAAAAAGAAUUAUUCACUUAUUUUUAAACAACUACACUAAGAAAGAUACAUUCAUUUUUUUAUUACUAGCAUUGGCAUUAAAACAUCCUUGAAUAAGUAGUAAAUGUACAUCGGUUUAAUAUAUAAGUCAUGCAUGGUCAUUCUGAAUUUUUAUCACUCUCUUCUGUAAAAUAAUAUUUAUAAAAUUCGUAAUGCUGAAUAGUCUCUAUUUAUACAUUGUAUAUUUUUGAGAUCGAUUGAAAGGUAUUCUUUAUCUUACCUUUAACUGCAUUUUAUAUACUGCAGAUCAAAGGGAAAAUGGCCAUGUUUGUACAUGUAACAGUAAAAUUCUAUAAAAAGAGCGUGCUUUUUAAUUACUUGAAUGAGAACAGCAAAUGUUUUACACAUAAAGAAUGCACAGAUGUUGUUUAAAUAAUUAUUUGCUUGUAAGCCAAAAGCUAUCCUCAUGCUGAUAUAUUUUUAUUAAACUAAACGGCAGUUAUUUUGAAUUCUGGGGAUUUUUUGUUUUGUUAUUGUUUGAACUAAAUUGUUAUUGGUCACUGAAAUAUAUCUAGUAAAUGUACAUGUAUAUGUAUACAAAUUUUAAAUACUGGUUUUAGGCCUAUUGUAUUAUUGACACGUAUAAUUUUCCCUGGCAAAAUGCUUAAUGAUUUAUUCAUGCACAAGUAUGUCAAAUUUUAUAUGUUUGAAUUGAUGAAAAAAAUGAGAUUGAAUUAAGAAGGUUAGGAUAUCCUAACUUAAGAUGUUCUUGAGUUUUCUAAAUAUAUGUCUCAAGUUGAUCUCCUUUAAGGUAGUUGACACUGUACAUGUUCAUCUUUUUUGUAUACCGGAAACGAGAAGGUGUUGAUUUUAUUUACCGAGUAUUUUCUCCUCUAAUUCUUCAUAGAGUCGGUUAUGAUCCACACAUCUCAAUAAACACAGUAUGUGGGGGAUAUCACUAAUGAAUUAUUAUUAUUUUUUUUACAUUACACUGUGUAUUUUUACAGGUAAUAAAUACAUGUUAAUACGACGUAACUUUACGUUUGUUUUUUUAUACAA